AACAUUUCUCAUACAUACAACAGGCUGCAUCCAACAGCCACCCUAGGUUUGUACACCAAAUACACCCUAUUGAAUCAUCAAUCCCACACGUUCGUUUGUCUUGCUAAAAAUAUCCCCACCUCAAAUCAAAUAAAGAAACCCAAUAAUUAUUUAUUGAUUGAAAAUUGAUUAAUUAUAAACAAAAUUAGAAUUAAAAAUUAAAACACAUUAUAAGCUGUGCACCCCCUAUUUUUUUUCUUCGCCUCAGAACAAAUGUCGGAACAACAAAAUUAGCCAUUGCUAUAUAGCACCCUCUAUAUAUCGUGUUCCCAUAUUUAAUUUCACUUCUAAACUCCUCUCUCUCUGAUCUCUUGUUCUAUUUUUAUUUCUCUUUUUUCAUAUUAUUUUUGGGUAGUUAUCAAAAGUAGCAGAAGUUAUAUUUGGUUUUUUUUCCCAAAGUCAGAAGUUUAUAUUUGGUUGACAGACACACAUACACAUAUAUAUAAAUAUAUCAACAUGGGAGGUUGUGCUACAAAGCCAAAGGUUUUGAAUCCUGAGACAGCGGCCGAUGUGCCUGCACCUGUUCCUGAGCCAGCGGCUAAGGAGGUAGCCGUGGCUCCAGCCGCCACCGCAGAUGUAGGCCCUGGCUUGGCUGAGGAGACGAAGGAGAAGGAGGUGGUGGUGGCUGAAGCUCAUCAUGGUGGGGAGGAGAAGAAGGUUGAAACAGAUGAUACUAUCAAGGAGAUUGUUGAUGAUGACAAGGCUAGUGAUGAACAACAAUUGCAACAAGGAAUUAAGCCCAGGUCUCUCAGUAACUUGUUCAAACAGAAUGUAGAAGGGAAGGAGGAAACAGAAAAUGAUUGGAAAACCCCAUCAGAGACUGAAAAGACUACUGAGGAAUUAUCUGAAACUAAACCCCCCAAAGCGGAGGAGCCUGAGGCUAAUAAGGUUGAUACUUUAGAAAAUGUUGUUGAAACGACAGACAAAGUGAUUGAAGCUGCCCCAGUUACUGUAGAGACAGAAAACAAGGCAACAUCACCCGAGGAGGAAAAAGCAGAGGAAAGUGCCCAAGUAGAAACAGUACCUGUGGAAAAAGUUACUGAGAAAGUUGAGGAAACUGCUGUGACAAAUGGCGAAGCUUUGAUAUCUGAGGAAAAGGUGGAAAAUGUGAAGGAAAAUGAGCAGGAAAAUGUGAAGGAAAUACCUGAGGAAAAGGCUGCAGAUGUGAAGAAAACUGAUGUUGUAGAGGAAGAGAAGAAGGAAAAGAAAGAGUUAUCUGAGGAAAAUAAAACAGAGGUGAAGGAAAGUGUUGAAGAAACUGCUAAAGUAUGAAAAUUAAAAGGAUUCUAAGUUAUUGCUAAAAUAUAAGGAAGAAAGACAAAUGUGAUUUUGCAUGUUGUUCUACAGGAGAAGGUUGUUUACCCUAUUAUUGAGGUGGUUAGAUAAAUCUUGUAAGAAAGAUAAAUGUUCAUUGUUUCCUUCUUUACUUUUUCGGGGGACUAUGCCUUUCUUUUAAUUUUUUCUUUUUACUUUAAGUUCUCUUUCAUUUAUUUUUUCUGAUCCUCUUAAAUUUGAAUUGCCUUUUUCAUUUUUUUUUACCUUUUGUGUGGAAACAUGGGCUUAUACAAAUAUAGAUUGCUUUGUUUAGAAUGCUA